GACAGGGUCGCAAGCAAAACCACACAUUUAAAACAGACUUGGUAAAAUCAGCCAAUUAUGAAAAGAAACGGACGAUUCCUUUUUCUCUUCUGGUUUAGCCUUCGCCCCGCAGCCUCCGCGAUUCUUUCGAACGGCGGUUCUAUCCCGUGACCUUUUCACUUUCCAAGUCAACGGACUGGGGGUCGUUACACACGCGGAGGGCCCGGAACGCACGGCUCCUCGCCUGCAAAUUCCGAGCAGUCCGGAUUUUGGGGCUGCCGCCCGGCCACACCACCGAGCAGCUCGCACCCACAUGGUGACCGGGCCCUGGCCCUCGCCCCCGACCGGCGCGUGGGUCUUCGAGGGCCCGCGACGCGGCGCACAUGUCGGUGCCCGCCUCCCGCGUCGGCGACAAGACAGGGAGCUCGGACACGGGGAGGCUGACCCGGAGCCUACCCAUGAGGCAGCGCGCCGGCUGCACGAGAGCCCCCCCUUUCCACGGCUCGGCUGCCAGCUCCGCAAUGGGAGCCGCCGCCGUCGCCGCAGUGUAGUUUUUCGUGCUCCUCCUUUUCCUCCUCCUCUUUCUCCUCCUCCUCAGGGCUCCAGUCAGGCCGAUCCGCUCCGCUCACGGAAGGAAAACAGAAAUAACUUGCUGCCUUGUCUGGAGUCAUAUGGUAAUUCAAAAAUGGCAGAACUGUUUAUGGAAUGUGAAGAAGAGGAGCUGGAACCAUGGCAGAAGAAAGUAAAAGAAGUUGAGGAUGAUGAUGAUGAUGAGCCAAUCUUUGUUGGAGAGAUAUCAAGUUCAAAACCAGCAAUUUCAAAUAUUUUGAACAGAGUUAACCCCAGCUCAUAUUCAAGGGGACUAAAGAAUGGUGCACUCAGUCGAGGUAUUACUGCUGCAUUCAAGCCUACAAGUCAACACUACACGAAUCCAACAUCAAAUCCAGUGCCUGCCUCACCAAUAAAUUUUCAUCCUGAGUCUAGAUCUUCAGAUAGUUCUGUUAUUGUUCAGCCUUUUUCUAAACCUGGUUAUAUAACAAACUCAUCACGAAUUGUGUCUAAUAAGUCAUCAGAGUUACUAUUUGACUUGACCCAGGAUACAGGAUUAUCACAUUACCAAGGGGGACCAACACUUUCUAUGGCAGGUAUGAAUGAAAGUUCAUUUUUAUCAAAACGUCCUUCUACUUCUGAAGUAAAUAAUGCUAAUCCAAAGAAGCCUAAGCCCAGUGAAAGUGUUUCUGGAGCAAAUUCCUCAACUGUAUUACCUUCAGUUAAAUCUCCUUCAGUGACGUCUUCCCAGGCUAUGCUAGCAAAAGGUGCAAAUACCUCAUCGAAUCAAUCUAAAAAUGGAACACCUUUUCCAAGAGCCUGUCCAAAGUGCAACAUUCAUUUCAAUCUUUUGGAUCCUUUGAAAAAUCACAUGAAGUAUUGUUGUCCAGACAUGAUAAAUAACUUUUUGGGACUGGCUAAAACAGAAUUUUCAAGUACGGUAAAUAAAAACACAACUAUUGAUUCAGAGAAAGGAAAAUUGAUCAUGUUAGUUAAUGACUUUUAUUAUGGAAAACAUGAAGGAGAUGUCCAGGAAGAACAGAAGACUCAUACAACCUUUAAAUGCUUCAGUUGCUUGAAAAUUCUAAAAAAUAAUAUUAGGUUUAUGAACCACAUGAAACACCAUUUGGAACUUGAGAAGCAGAGCAGUGAGAGCUGGGAAAACCAUACCACCUGCCAGCACUGCUACCGUCAGUUUCCCACACCAUUUCAGUUGCAGUGCCACAUUGAAAGUACACAUACCCCCCAUGAAUUUUCUACUAUUUGUAAAAUCUGUGAAUUGUCAUUUGAAACAGAACAUGUUCUUUUACAACACAUGAAGGACAAUCAUAAACCUGGUGAAAUGCCAUAUGUCUGCCAGGUUUGUAAUUAUAGAUCAUCAUCAUUUUGUGAUGUAGAAACUCAUUUUAGAACAUCCCAUGAAAACACGAAGAACUUGCUAUGCCCGUUUUGCCUCAAAGUUAUUAAAAUUGCAACACCAUAUAUGCAUCAUUAUAUGAAGCAUCAGAAAAAGGGAAUACAUCGUUGUACAAAAUGCAGGCUGCAGUUUUUGACAUGCAAGGAGAAAAUGGAUCAUAAGACUCAACACCAUCGAACAUUUAUAAAACCUAAACAACUAGAAGGGUUGCCUCCUGGAACAAAAGUUACUAUUCGAGCUUCAGUUGGACCUCUGCAAUCAGGAGCUUCACCUACACCUUCCAUUAGUGCAACUGCUUCUACCCUUCAGCUCUCACCUCCAAGGACUAAAAAUAUAACUGCUAAAAAUCCUGCAAAAUUUAAUACAAGUAAACCUAAUACAAUCAAAUCCAACGCAAGUAAACCUAAUACAAGUAAGCCUAAUGGAAGUAAAUCUAAAUACAAACCAAAAAUCUCUAAUAUGCAAAAGAAACAAAGCACAUUGGCUAGUAGCAAUAAAAAAAGUAAAGUCAAUACAGCAUUGAGGAAUUUAAGGUAUCGUCGGGGCAUUCACAAGUGCAUUGAGUGUUGUUCCGAAAUAAAAGAUUUUGCAAACCACUUUCCUACGUACGUCCACUGUAGUUUUUGCAGAUACAACACUAGCUGUAGCAAAGCCUAUGUAAAUCAUAUGAUGAGCUUUCAUAGUAACCGUCCAAGCAAAAGAUUUUGUAUUUUUAAGAAGCAUUCAGAAAAUCUCAGGGGCAUUACUCUAGUGUGCCUUAAUUGUGAUUUCCUAAGUGAUGUUUCUGGCUUAGAUAAUAUGGCUACACACUUAAGUCAACAUAAAACUCAUACUUGCCAAGUUGUAAUGCAGAAAGUUUCUGUUUGUAUCCCAACUUCUGAGCACCUUUCUGAAUGCAGAAGCAGCCCAGAGAUUUCAAAAAAUGUCCAGGGUAUACCUGGACAGUGUCCCCCUUCGAUGGACACAACUGAUGCCUGUUCUCUCUUUCCAAGGAAUGUGAAUAAUUUGACUGUGGGACCUGCUCUUAGGUUGUGGCCUCAAGAAAUCAGAUCUUGGGGUGACUCCCUUUCUACAUGGCUGGCCUCCCAUAAGGCUGAUGCUGUUUGGCCAGAGAUGGCUUUAAGGCCCGCCAAAUUGAGCAUACUUCCCACUGGGGGCUUUGGCUUAUGAUCUUAAGCUUAUGAGUCGAUUAUGACCAAGAAAAGCCCAUCAUAUCACUGCUUCAGCAUCCAAGUUGAAGUUUAGUCAUUUUGGCUGCUGCCUUUAAAUCUUUCUGUAGCAUGAAUGCAGUCCAAGGAAUAUAAAAACUCUAGUUGUUAGGAAACCAUGGCUACUUUCAUAUCCUUGGAACAACAGGUCUCCACAAUUAUGUUCCAAAAUUGCAGUUAUUUUUACUGACAUAUAAAAUCUAUUAACCAGUAUUUAUUCUGUAAUUUGUUUAACAGUACCAAUUCUUGCAUUUUGAUUUUUUAAAAAUUAAUUUAAUUUUAAUAGCUUGGUUUUAUGUUCUCAAAAUUUAUCAAUGUCUAUUUUAUGAUGUCUAUUUUUAUAUUACAUUAUUUAAAAUUUGUUUAGUGUUUGUUUUAAGAACUCCAAGAGAUUUCUUAGUAUUCUCUACAGAUUUUGUAUAGCUGCCUAUUUGUAGAUUUUAAAUUUGGCUGUUACUCAGCCCAUUAGACAUUAUUAGAUACUCUGUCCUAUUGGGAUUAUUAUUAAUAUUACCUUAAUUGUGAGUUCUUAGGUGUAAAGAAUUGGCAGUACUACUUGCAGACGUUAAGAGCCAGUUUUAAAGUUACAUAUUUGUGGGUCUAGGAUGUAAUAUCUACUUAGCCGUUAAUGUAGCUCCUUUGGGUAAAGAUAACAUGUUAAAAAACAUACUUAUGGUAACCAGUAAUGCAUGUAUUUCUUUCCUUUAUAUAUUUUAAAUUUGUCAUGUGUUUAUUUUAGUUACAUUGAAUAUAGAUCUGAACACUUUUGAUACUAUUAUUCUUUUAAUAAAAAUUAUAUUGUUUAAGUGCCUCAGGAAUUAUUUACUGAUGAAUAAAGGGUGUAGAUUUUAUCUUAUAAAUAGGAACAUUGCUCUAAUUGUUAUAUGGAAGCCUUGUUACUUGGCUGCAGACAGUGCUAUAUCUACUUAGUAUACCUUGCAUUUUUUUUCUUGCAGCACAAUAGAAAGGUUACUAUACUAAUUUCUUAAAUUUUAAAGACUAGUAAAGUGCCUUUUGUGAUCUUAAUAGCCAUAAGGAUAGGCAGGCCAGUUUAGAUGACCAGUUAAAGCCAGUUUAGAUGACCACUUAUUAUAUGAUGUGUUUCUUGCAAUUAUCAAAAGAGUUUAAUAGUUCUGAAUUUCCAAACUAAUUUAUAUUUUAAGUGAAAGGUUUUCCAAAAUCUCCACAAGUGGUUUGUUUUUUAGUAGUGGACUUAGUGAUAUACUAGUUUUUUUUUUUUUUCCUUAUUUUUCGCUAGGAAUUUUGGUUAUCUACUCUCUCUACCCAGUUUUUAAAAGUUUAUCCAGAAACAAUAACUUUUUCCAUUUUUAACAUUAGUUCAUUUACAGAUAUUCACCUUACCUUGGUCAUAGGUCGAAAAUAGGAUAAGCCACAUUCUUAAUAUAGUAAUUUAGGAGUACAGUCAAUCCUUCAUAUCCUUGGGUUUUAUGUUUACAUAUUUAGCCAACUAUGGAUUGAAAGUAUUUUGGGAAUACUUUCAAUACCAGGGAAUGACUGUACUGCUUUGUGGUCUUAUAUAAAAUUUUAUUUUUUAUAGUAUAUAUCAAGUUCAUUUUCUUAAAGUAUGAACUCUUCAAGUUCUGUCACCAGUAAAUUCAUUUUUUAAAAAAAUUGGUUCAAAUAAAUCACUUGGCAGUCAGUACAGAGUUUGCUUAUUGUAAGCAACUAGUUGAAUUUUCAGUUUGGUGCUAAUGAGUUUUAGCUUGAGUCUAAUCCCUCCUUACCAUCAUGUUAUUCUGGUUUAUUCAUCUGGUCAGAUAGCCAUUUCAUGCAUAUGUGCUUUUUGGUUACUGUUGAAUAAAAUAUGUGAUUGGUUCAGUU